AUGACAUCCCACAACAACAAGAACAACAAUAAAGACAACCAAACCAAUCACCCUACCCGCAGCUACGAAGAUUUCACCUGUCCAACAUGCUUCCGCACCAUUUCCGCAGACCGUUUCCCCAUCCUCAAUCUCGAAAACUGCAGUUGUAUUGAUACCACCACUGCCAACUCUCCACCCAAGAACGACUAUAACCCAGAAUCCCCUCCCUCUUCUGCUAACUCUGUUCCCCCGGAAGCACGAAACCAAAAUACCUUCCGUUCCCUCGCACCCUCUCCAAGCCUGGGCCAAACAGAACAAACUCACCCAGCAAUCUCAUAUCCACUCCACCAAUACCUCACAGAACAAACACAAGAAUAUGAAUGUGUGCCUGUGCAGAUGGAGCGGGAGACCAGGAUGGAUAUGCAGGUUGACUCCAUGGCUAAGGGCAAGAUCAGCAAGAAGAGCUCAGAGGGCAGUGAUAGGACGUGGAUUGGCUACGGAGGCGCCGAGAUGGCCGGGCUUGGGGGAUGGGUUGAGGGUGUUGGAUUGGGAAUUUUGGGGCAGGAUGGAUAUCCGCUGGUUAUGAGUGGGUUGAGUGAGUGA